AUGGAGGACCAUCUCAAAGAAGGAAAAAAGAAGUAUGAAGCCCGGGCCAAGCGCGACAAAGAUCGGUACCAACGUGAAAUGAGAAACUACACCGGCCCGAGAAGGGAGAGAAGAAGGAGGGAUGCAGAUGCACCGCGGAAGCCCCCAUUCUCGUCCCUGCUCUUCUCCCAGGACCAUUUUGACCAGAUAAAAGAACAACACCCGAACUGGACUGUGGGGCAGGUGGCCAAGGCUGCAGGGAGGAUGUGGGCCAGGUGUUCGGAAGAGGAUAAAAUCCCCUACGAGGAGAGAGCUGCGGUUCUGAGGGCCAAGUACCUUGAAGAACGGGAGGCCUACUACCACCAAUGCCAGCGCGGGAACUAA